CAAAAACCAGAAUUGACAUCCUCUAGCAGCUAGCGGCCGCCCACUGCCAGCUCUCGAUGAUAGACAUCAGAUAGACCCAUUUGCAUUCGAAUCCGAACGUCAUGAGCUUAACGAGUCGCAAAAAAGUUCUUCAGACCACCGCCCGCCCAAUGUCAUAACACUCGUCCUGCUGCGCACAUUGCCAUUUAUAUUAUAUUGGUAUGUGUUCUACGACAGCCCCCUUUAGCCUCUUCGCUAACCCUCCGUCCUCCUGCUUCAGCCGCCCAUCUUCUCCCGGUCCUCCACAACUGCGCCCCAAAAAUGCGAUUAUUCCUCCUUCCCAUAUCGACUCGACGGACGCUUCUAUACUGCCAGAAGCUGCAGGCUUUGCCAUCUGAAAAGCGGCCCUUAGUCGACAAGAUCACACUACGCGCUGCGAAGCUCUGGGCUGGUUGGGAGAAGAAAGACGGUGGCUGGCAGAAAGCCGUCGUCAAGUACGGCAAUAGAGCCCUCCGCAGAGUACCCUACGAAGAGUGGGGACUGAAGUCUGUCCCUACGCUUUCUGCGCGGCGGAGGGAAGAGGAGGUGUUAGGCAAAGAAAAGCAUCAUCUCAUUUUCCCAGAGACUGUGAUUCCCGCGGACAGAGCGCCCCAGGUUCUGCGAACCCUCGCAACCGAAAGAGAAAGCUUGCAUCGGUCCCGCAUACUAUGGUGUCUGGUCGGGAUGCCAAUAACUGCGCCGUUCGCGCUUAUUCCUAUAAUUCCUAACCUGCCUUUCUUCUAUUUGGUUUAUCGGGCAUGGUCUCAUUACCGGGCUAUUGCAGGUGGGAAACAUCUUCAAUGGCUUCUUACCAAGGGGUUCUUUACCACGUCGCCUUCACAAAUUUUAGAUGAAAUUUACUCUCAGCAACACAGGUCAACGGAUCUUUUAGAAGAGCCAAACGGCUCAGGCUCGCAGUCCAGUGAUAGUAGACUACAAUCACAAGAAAGAUUACUGUUGUCACAAGAGAGAGGCCGUACGCUCGCACAAGCCCUCAAAAUACCCGAAUUAGGAGUUGAGCUUGAGCGAGCCAUAUGGCAAGUUGAGACUGCGAUACGAAAGCAAGAGCAACAAGGUGAGAAGACAAAGUACUCUUCUACAGAAAAGCAGGACGGGCCUUAAAGGGAAUAAGUUUGGACUUUUUGGAACUUGCGAACUUCAGCUCUCGAAACAUCCCUGGACCACAUAUGAUGUUUAUCGCAUCCGCCUGUCCGAUGAGAAGAUCACACCCAAUUUCACGUCACUUCCUUUGAGCCCAAAAUAGGCAUACAGUAUCUAGGGACACCAGCCGCCUAGCCAUGGCCUA